GGCUCAGAUCGAUGAACUUGAGACCGCACACAACGCUCUGAAUAAAAACUGCGCCAACUAUGACGACGAGAUUCAACGUCUCAAGCAGGAUAAUCGUCGACUAAAACAAGAAGCUCAGCAGUACAAUCAAAAGAUUGUUCAUCUAAGCGACGAAAUUCCAAAGCACAAAGAAGAAAUCCAACGUAUCAAACAGGAUAAUCGUCGUCUAACACAAGAAGCGCAAAAAUAUGAUCAAGAGAGGCAGAGCCUCAACGACAAAAUCCAACGUCUCGAACAAGAGAUCGAACGUCUGAAACGUCCAUCGGCUUCAUCAAGUGGUCGUACAAAACUUUCUUUUGUUGCAUCAAGUGAAAGUCCAAGAAUUCCAGUGGCUACAUUUGCAAUGACGACUCGUGAGUGA